AGUUAAAGAGUACGAACACGUUUAGUCAACAAGAGUCGGAGAAAUUGUGAUUUCGGAAUCCAAAAUAGCCGUAUUUAAGCACUUUCUUACGAUUUCCCUCUCUGCUCGAUUGCAACGAAUCGGUGAAUUUUUCUCCCACCUUUGAAUUUGAACCAAUCACAGAAACGUUCGUUAAAUUAUCCCCCUCUUCCAAAAAUGAACGAAUCAGAACGCGCCACGCGGCGAGAAAGUUGACAAAAAGGCAAAAACCGGCGCCAUUUUUUUAAUUCGCCUGAAUCUCUUGAACGUAUCGCUACGUUAAGUCUCUCGCUACCUUGCAAUGGCUCGUACUAAGCAAACCGCUCGUAAGUCGACUGGUGGAAAGGCUCCACGCAAACAACUGGCUACCAAAGCCGCUCGUAAGAGUGCGCCAGCCACCGGAGGAGUCAAGAAGCCUCAUCGUUACCGUCCCGGCACAGUAGCUCUUCGUGAAAUUCGUCGCUACCAGAAGAGCACGGAACUUCUCAUCCGUAAACUACCAUUCCAACGUCUGGUUCGUGAAAUCGCCCAAGAUUUCAAGACUGAUCUCCGAUUCCAGAGCUCAGCUGUGAUGGCUCUCCAGGAAGCCAGCGAAGCCUACUUAGUUGGUCUCUUCGAAGACACCAACCUCUGCGCCAUCCACGCCAAGCGUGUCACCAUCAUGCCCAAGGACAUCCAGUUGGCUCGUCGUAUUCGAGGAGAACGUGCCUAAGUCAUCUCCAUCUCUAAAAUUUACAAACCAAACGGCCCUUUUCAGGGCCACCAAAUGUUUCAAACUAAGAAAAUUUAACUCGUUCUUCAUUAAUUUUUUUGACAAUUUAAAAUAAAUUUUAAUUCUGCAUUUAUUCCACUUUCCUAACAAUACCAAACACAUUUUCCUUUUAUUUGAACACUUAGCCUGAUCAUACUGAUGCAUUUACCUGAAGAAAUCGAAUCUAUUUUCUCAUCGUAUAGGUAUAGAUAUAUCGGCAUCCAUGUUAAUUUUACAUCGAUACAUAUAGAUACAGUUACACAACCUUUUUAUUCUUUUGUUAAUUGUAAUUAAACGACACUGAGUUACCUAGCCAUUAGCAAUAGGGGAUCUACAAAUCUUUCAAAGAAUUUAAAGAACAAAAAUUUAAUUCAAUUACUGCAUUUUUUAACUAAGCAAAUUUUUGGAAAGUAUGGAACUAAUCUCCAUUAAAUUAUCUUCAAAAUAGUAUGCAACAUAUCUCAAUUCCGUAAACUAACAAGGGUAUAAUAAUUGAAAUAGUUGCCGAAGUGAGGCAAAUUAAAUUUUUCGAUCGUAAAGCACAUCUCAGAUGCUUCGCAUCAUGAGUCGUGCAGUAAUUAAAAAUUAAUUUGGGAACUAUUCAAAACGUAACAGUGGUGCUGUGACUAGGAUCAGUCUCCACUGUUUGUAGACAAUACAAAUAAUUAUAAACUAAUUAAAAAUUAA